UGUUUUGUUGGGAUAAGAAUUUGCCAGAAGACAGCAAAUAUUACUACAUGUGCGAUGUGUGGGAUACAGUGAAUGAUUAGACAUUUCUUAAUUAUUAAAAAUAUCUGAAACGUUAACAUUUGUUUGUCUUUAACUAUAUUCGAGAGUAUUAUUUAUAGUUAUAUACGAGUAUAUACUAACAAUAGACAGAACAUGGAAAUGGGUUUCCUGGCGCUCGCCGUGCUUUUGUUGAGUUCAGUGUCUCUGGUGAGCUCUCUACGAUGUCACCAAUGUGUGUCGAUCGGGGGUUCCGUUCUCCAUUAUAACCCCAACUGCGUGGAAGCUAGUACUAUCCCCUAUAGGACGUGCUCGGCGGGCAUCAAGUGGUGCUUUACCUCCCGGCAUAUUUUGGAGGAUGGUAGUAAAAAUGCAACUACACGUUCAUGUGCCGACCCAAAACAGAAAUACUUCCCAACCGUUGAGGAGGGUUGCCGACGACGGACGAUCAAUGGCUCGUCGGCAAUCGUGUGUUUCUGCCAAGCAGACCUGUGUAAUCAACAGGACCUCGAGUAUAUGGACAAAAAUCUCCCAGCGUCCGCCAUUGGGUUGUGUCUGAAUUUCGUUGUCUGCUUGCUGUGCAGUUCUUUGGUGGUUUUAAGAAAAUGGUUUAUUUGUUAGAUAUGUGUUUGCUGCUGUUGUUGCUUUCUUGGUCUCAUUUUUGUCUAUUAUAAACUAUAGUGUGAAUGCUUGAAUAAUCCGAGCAUUUUGCUUUUUAUAAACCCUUUUAGGCUUAGGAUAUUUAACUGUAUACGUAUUUACUGUUAAGUUUUGAUUGAUGUUUCAAUAUACAGUUUGUACUCCAACUACUAGUAGAAUUUAAUACAUAUUCUUUAAAAGAUGAAUGUAUAACGUGUUUGUUUAAAAGAACUAGUUUAUAUUAAAGUGGCUUGUUUAGUAUCAAAUGGUGAGGUUUGUGAUACAUUUGUUCAUGUCGUGUUCUUUUGUUAUUAAAAUAGUUAUAAACACUUUG